CGAGCGUCGAAGCAUCGCAGCGACUUCGUUGCUCCCCUGAUGUCAGAUCCGUCGUCGCCUCUUCAGCCGGAUGGUUCGCGUUUCUCAAUGCAGCCUCCCCGGUGGCUGUCGGGUCCCCUCAGCUACCUGCUGCCCGCCUCACGCCCCUCCCCCCCUCCACACCAGGGGCGAGAGCAGCCCUCAAGCAGAUCUCGCCAGAUCCCCGCCUCCUUGUUGAAUGCAGUGGUGCGUUUGAAGCCGGCAGUGGCGGCGUCUCAACCUCCCGCUGGCGGUGCGCCUGCCCCGACCGCAUCCUCACCAUCAGCAUCAGCUGCUGACGAGAGGAGUGGCGGCGACGACAAGGGGGGCGAGGGAGGGGGUGCGCUGCCGCCGCCAAUGGUGCCGCCACCCACUGAUCCGUGAGUGACAACGACGUGCAGUGAAUCACUCGUUCAUUCAUUCACUUUCUCGUUCAAGGAAUGGGACGACGGGAAUCAGGUCUUUGUGUGUUCUUGUGUGUUGAUGUAUGUGUCUGUCAGGCUGCAGCCGCUUCAGUGGGAGGCGUUUCUCAAAGAGUGGUCGCAGAUGACCCAACAGGACACAUUCGAUGGAUUCAGACUCGAGGCACAGAAGAACGUAACACACAAGGGAGGGACAGAGGGAGGCAGGCAGGGUCACUGUGCACAGACAGACAGACCACACGCGAAUGAAUGGCUAGCUGUAAUGCCUGCAGGUGACCAAGAAUCUUCAGUCGUGCCACAGUUUGUUCCUGGGCACCACGAUGCGCCCCGAGGGCUACAUCUACCAGUUCGGCCCCACCUUUACCACCGAGGACCAAAGCCUCUUCCUACUCGGCAGGCUCGGCACCGACGGCACACUCAACGCUAGGUACACCAGGAAAUGCCAAACACACACACCCUAAACACGCAACAAACAGGCAACACAUGCGCUCUUGCCUUCUCUCAUUGUGUCUGUCGGUGGGUGCUCCGCGCAUCGAUCGCAUCAAUCAGGGGUGUGAAGAAGUUCUUCGGCACGACCGAGGCCAAGGUGACGGCGACGUCGAACCUCAAGGACGAGCAGCGGAACAUGCUCGAGGCGGGGCUCGACCAUGCCGGCAAGGACUGGACGUCCUCACUCAAACUCGCCUGGCAAGGUAGGUACCUGCCCACCUGUUUGUUUCCCUGGCUGGCUGGCUGGGUGGUUGACAUCGAUGUGCAUGGCGUGUGUGUGGGGCUGGGUGCGGUGCGUUGCGGUGCCGUGCGGUGCAGGAACCUGGAUCGUAAAUGGGAGCUACACACAGGUGCGGUGUGUGAGCUUGUGCUUGUACUGCACUGGCCGUCUGUGUGUCUGUCUGUGUGUGUGUGUGUGUGUGUGUGUGUUCAGCUGAUCUCCAAGUAUCUUCAGAUGGGAGGAGAGCUGACCUGGGUGGUGAGCGCCGCACCCGCUCACUCCCUCACUCCCUCCCUUCCUCACCGCUGCCUGUCACUCACCUCACCCCCACACACCUUUGUCGUCUGUCUGUCUGUCUCUCUGCAGUCUGCCAACGGUGCCUCCAUCGGGGCAGUCGGCGGCCGCUAUUUCGAUGGCACACACGCUGUCAGUGGUAGGUGGACUGGACCCCCUCGCCCGUGAUCUCUGAAGACCGUGUCUGUCUUGUGUGCAUGUGUCGAUUCGUCCAUGAAUCAAAUCGAUCAGCCCAGCUGGUGCGUCAGCCCGAGUUCGCCAAGGGCCAGGUCGACAAGAACGCACACGCGCUCAAACUCAACUUCGUCAGGAAGGUCAGUCAGAGCGGAUGUCGACUGGAAUCGAUCCAAUGAGAUAAGGAAUCACAGCACACCGCCCGGGUUCGCGUGGAUGCGUGUCUGGAUGGUGGGUGAUUCAGGUGACCGAUAGGCUGAGCCUGGGUGCUGAGUUUGAGUAUUCCCAUCCUGACGCCGAGUCGGCCCUCAGGCUGGUGAGUGAGCUGCCCACACACGCCUGGAAGCAGCCAAGCGGCGACGUGUGAAUGUCUGUCUCGACAUGUUUGCCUCUCUUCUCGCUCUGCUGCUCUGUCUGUCUGUCUGUCUGUCUGUCUGCAGGCAUACGAGUACAACUUCAGACAAGCGCGCAUCCAGGGUGGGUGGCUUGGGGGUGGCUUUGGUUGGGUGCUCGGACACGACCAGACAGGGGCAGGCAGGGUCCUUGUCCGUCGGUCGAUGUGAUGUGAAGCAUGGAAUGGACACCAUCCAUUCAUCCCAGGCUGGUUCUGUUCUGUCUGUGUGUGUGUGCAGGUUUGCUGGACACGUGUGGCAAGGUGUCGGUGUUCGUGCAGGACUUCACGGGUUUUGGCGUGAGCGGCCUCAUCGACUACUGGCAGGGCAUCUACAAGUUCGGGUUCAUGAUGCACGUCGUCCCACCACCCGAAGGCGCACAGCAGCCAGGGGGCGGACCACCCGCACCGUCAGGCGGCACCUAGCCAGACAGACAGACAGAUGGACGAAAGGGCAAGGGGGAAGGAAGAUGGGUGCGCUGUCUGUGUGCGUGGGUCCUUGGACUCUGUGUCUAAGGCCGGCUCCAUGAUGUAUGAUUUGUUUACUUAGUUGCGGUGCGUGCCUGGGUUGAUCGACUGACUGCUAUGAAGGGCGCUGUUUUGCCCUGGCGAUGAAUCGAACGAUCGAUUGCUGAGAUGGAUGGCGAGCCAACGAAUGCUGCUCCCGACGUGAGCAUGUGUGGAUGGAUGGAUGGAUCACACACACAUCGUACGUAGACGUAUACAGCCCGCUUUGUGCUGAACAAAUGAACGAAUAACGCCGAGCACGCUU